AUGUCCAAUUCUGACCCGCGGCCGGAUUCUUUCCCCGCUGCCUCCUCACGCAAUACAUCACGAAGCCGAAGCGGAACACCCCAACCUGAAGGCUUGGAGGCUGAGAAUGCAAAGCCAUGUUUACAACGGUCGCAGGGUCGUGACCAUACCGUAUCCCAAGUCCAUCGCAUCAGUGCAGCUCGCUAUCCAAGAGAUUGCCCCCCACUAAAAACUAGGUGGUUCUAUGCGGUUGAUACUCCAAAGUCGAAACCGUCGUUUUGGGGCAAGGAGGCAGUUGCUCCUAAAUCUCAGGGAGCUCCUAAAAAAUUUGUUCCUUUUUCGAUACGAGAUUCUCAGUCUAUUGAAGCUGCCUUUCAGGAUCUUGCGGAUCGAGAAGAUGCUGCGGAAUCAUCCAAAUUGAGGGAUACCCCCAGGGAUCCUUCUUCGCAGACUGUCAAGGUUCCCGUCAAUGAAGAUUACUUAUUCGAUGUCGACGUUCAGAAGAGGGAACUUGGCCCUGCCUAUUGGCAAGGCCCGAUAUACGAGGUUAGACGUGGUUCUUGGUUCUUUCAGGAAGGCUCAAAUCUCCGUCCGUGCGAUGAAAAUCUUGCAACUCAGUUGGAGGAAGGUUAUUUGAAAGUAAAACCAUGGAAUAUCCAACGAAAGCGCUCAUCGAGCAACCCGUUAGCGAGCAAUGUGUCCUUGUCUUCCAAAGACCCCAGAAACGCAGGGUCACUGAACUCCAAUGCGGACCAAGUCAACAAAGAAGGUCCGUCUCAUGUAGCAGCGGGGGCGGCUUCAUCCGCAUCUAAGACUAUGAAUGAAACAUAUCGCCUUUUUGGGUCCUACAUGAACAAUACAGUGGCAUACCAGGAUGAAUCUACAGCAUGGCUUAUGUCCGAUGAUUUUGUAUCGAGGAUGAGCAAUACCGUAUAUCAGCGGCUCGGUGCAACCGCAGGGUCAAAAGUCGUUCGCGGAUAUUCGGAAAGCAAAAAAGUGAAAGAACUAGCAGACGGGAAAGCCGCCGAGUUAACACCCAAAAACCCGACUAAGUCCAUUAAAAGACAAUCAGCUCCUCCUGACUCUUUGUCUUCACCACUUGCCCCAGAUGAUAAUGGUCAGGAUCAGCCACUUGCCGCCUUGGAGCGCCAAAGAAGCCCACUUGAGCGUCAGAUGUCAUCUUUGACUGGAGAGCGACAGGACGAUGACCAAAUAAAAGAACUCGAAGAACAGGCGCGGAAACAGGAAGAAAAAGAGAUGGUAGAUUCAGGAGAAGUGGAAGGCGAAGAAGAGGACAGAGAAAUUGAUCAUCUCAUUCUUGUCACUCAUGGGAUUGGUCAAAGAUUGGGACUGCGUUUGGACAGUAUUAAUUUCGUGCACGACGUCAAUGUCCUUAGGAAGACCAUGAAAAGCGUGUACGCCGCAUCAACUGAUUUGCAGGCUCUUAACUCACAAGUCGACUCCGAGCUCAAAAAUUGUCGUGUCCAAGUCCUCCCCGUAUGCUGGAGACAUUUACUUGACUUUCCAAAACAAGGACUCAAACAGCACCGCAAGGAGCUCGACCUUGCUGACGCUGAUAAAAUGGCAGCCGAAGAUGAGCACUAUCCCAGUUUGGCCGACAUAACAUUAGAAGGGGUCCCUGCUGUUCGGAAUCUGAUUACAGAUCUGGCUAUGGAUGUUCUGCUUUACCAGAGUGCAUAUCGAGAGCAUAUUGCCGGUAUCGUGCAAAGGGAAUGUAAUCGCAUAUAUAAACUUUUCAAGGACCGCAAUCCAACGUUUAAAGGUUCUGUCAGUCUCUGCGGUCAUUCCCUGGGUAGUGCAAUACUUUUCGAUAUCCUCUGCCACCAGCCAAGUGAUUCAGGACACACGAAGCCCCCUAGUCGGGAUUCUAAACGUGCUAAAAUCAGAACAGCUGAAAAUCGCCAAUCAGAAGCCUUCCUCUUGGAUUUCGAAUGUGCUGAUUUCUUUUGCCUCGGAUCUCCGAUUGCCCUUUUCCAGAUGCUGAAAGGGAAAACUAUUGCCGGAAGGGACUUGAAAAGCUCAAAGUUUUCUCGCCAAUCAUACAAACCUACAGACUCUCAUAAUAUUUCAACAGGGACGUCCAUAACAGACUCGACCGGAUCCCCUUGUUUUCCCAACUCAGUCUCGUCACCUAAAUGCAAUCAACUGUUCAAUAUCUUCCAUCCGUCUGACCCUAUUAGUUACCGCAUUGAACCCUUGAUAUCCCCAGCAAUGGCUGCGCUGAAACCUCAACCGCUGCCAUACGUCAAACGGACAAUAUGGAGUACAUCAGGUCAGAGCCUCACCAAUAUCAGUACUCGCGUGGGUCAGAGUGUCGGAUCCCUCUGGUCCCAAUUUGCUUCCGGUGUUGCAAGCAGCUUUCUGAACCGCAGUUUGGGCUUGAGUGACGGAUCAACACAGCCGCAAUCAGCUGCUGGAGGUCCAUUAAAAAUAGCUGGCUUAGGUAGCGACUCGGACAACGAGAAAUCGCUCGCGGCUAGUGGGGAAGUGGUGACCAACGAACCGAGCCGAUCCCAGAAAUACCCGACGCUCAUCGAUGCGAAUAUCGAAACAUUAUAUGAUGGGUUCCAGAAAACUAGGAGCUCACCGACCGACAUAGCUAGUGGGUCGGAGUCAUCAACAAUUGAAGAUAUCGAGGCUGAAAAUCGCGCGCGCAAGAUAAGGUAUGAGGAGGCGAAAGUGCGCGCUUUGAAUUCUAAUGGCCGGGUGGACUACAGUAUACAAGAAGGAGCGUUUGAUAUAUCGCUUAUUGCCAGCAUUGCCAGCCAUCUUUCCUACUGGGCUGAUGAGGAUGUAAGCCACUUUAUCAUGUCGCAAAUGCUGUCAAGAACGCGCAAGGAGCGCCGAGAUGGUAAAACCACCCCUCUUUGCGAGCGAUGA